AUGCAAGUUUAUCUUAACCGACUAAUCAGCCAAUCGCUGAAAGCGCGCACUGUGAAACGAUCACGCCACUAUAUAGCCCCACUUUCGUCGUUAAUCGAGUGUAUAAAAAGGCGUCCGAAUGCUUUAGUCCAACAUAACACAUUUUUUGUGCAAUUCUAUUCAUUGUUUUCACUUUAUUCAACAAAAACCAACCAAAAACCAAAAAUGGGCGCUGAAAAAGUAACCAUGAACAUCGUUGUCGUAGGACAAGUCCAAUCUGCCAAGGCUGUCAAAUCCGUCGCCAAGGCCACACCAGCCACCAGCCAAUUGAUGAACUGUUAAUUCAUCAUGACUAUCAAUCUCAACUUCAAUCAUGCCAUAGCUCAAACAGUACAUUGUAAUAUGUAUUGACAUUGCAAAAUAAAUAAAUAGAUUCCGUUUUUUUUUUUAA